AGCUGCGACACACCACUCUGCUGUCAUUCGCGAUGGAGUUCACAUCCUCUUUACUUCUUCUGAUCAUCGCUGGAUGCGGAGUCAUCAAUGCUGCAGAUAACAAGGUGGAUUCGUGCCUCCUGAAAUGUCAAACAACCUUUAGAUGGAUACUGUCCCACGAGAAAACAACUACUACAGCGACGACGACUACUGAGGAAACAGACGACGCUAUCAGAAUAACUAAUCCUAGGGCCCAAGCCAACAGCAGCAAAGAACCAGUGAAAAGUAUCAAUUUUCAACUUUUCUGUGGAGGAUUCUGCAACGAAAUGUAUGGCCAGAAGGCGGACUCGACCCACUCAUUCAUUCCGGGAGGCCCACUCGUCCCGCCGUUCUUUGCGCCAGGACAGGCCGCGGCAGGGGCCCAAGGGGCGGCGGCUGGAGACGCGGUGUCCUCGCGUGGGGGGCGCGUCCAGCGACAAGCUCGCUGAAGCGCCACAGCCGGCCGAGCUGUACUGUGCGCUCACAUGCAUUUUCACUGUAGAUGAACUCCUGCUCGAUCUAAGACAAAUCACAGAUGUUUGUAACUGACACUGAUCAGAAAUAAAUUUGGUUUUGUUUGGUACCUUAA